AUGGACGUCUUCAUCUCAGGUGGAUUCAUGGCGUUGAACCAGAUGAUUUGGCCGCUCCCCUUGCAGGAGCCCCCGGUUUUGUUGGGCGGCUGGAGUCUUGGUGCUCGACCAGCCAGGCAUUUGGCCGAAGCACUUGAAAGAGCCGGAUGUCUGCUUCGCGGUCUCUUCACCUUGGACGAGCGCCUCAUCGCCGAGCGCGGAGGAAACUCCUCGACGCCGUCGAUUGGGUCGGAGCUCAGUGCCUUCCACGUGGCGUUGAGAGGUGAGGCAGGCAGUCGCUUUCGCUUGCGUGCACGCAGAUAUCAAUUCAACUGUCCACGAUUCCAAGAACUUCAAAUUGGGGGUGUCGACUACUUGCGCAGCUCUGCCAGUGAUGUUCUCCUUCAACGAGCAGCAGCAUUGACAGCUGAGGUCUGCCAGCUGCUCCGCUGUGGCGAGGGACGGCAUUUCGACCUGGGAGUUAGCCAUUCCUGGGACAUCAGUCAGCAGCUUCGCGGGCUGCCAGGUGGGCCGUGGUUGGCGCGAGCGUCCCGUGUCGCCAAGUUCGCCUGGAAGACGAUGCCUCGCAAGGGCGUGGUGACCGAUGGUGGUUUGGGGUCGGUGCCCAUGAUGGGCAGCGUCGCGUCCUAUGGCUUGCAUGGCCAUGUUGCCGUGGUCACCGGAGGAUCGCGUGGUUUGGGCAAAGGGAUCGCCCUGGAGUUGGCAUCGGCAGGUUGCAUUGUGUACAUCACAGGUCGCUCCAGCGCGACCAAGCGUACCGAGGUGCUCCUAUCGGGUUCUGUGGACGAGACGGCCGCACAAGCUUCCCGCAAGGGCGGAGCAGGUAUCGCUGCCUAUGUGGAUCACACGUUGGAUGGUGAAGUGCGAAAGUUCGUCGAUCUCUUGACGGAGCACCAUGCAGACGGUUUGGACUUCUUGGUGAAUAACGCCUUCUUCAUGCCGAAACCGGAUGGUCUCUUUUUCGCUACACCCCUGUGGCAGCAACCCUGCAGGCUCUUUGAUGAGCAGUUCUGUAUUGGAGCUCGAAAUCAUGUCGUUCUCACGCUGUCCUGCAGGCAACUCCUUGAGAAGGCGCAGGGGACCGUGAUCAGUGUGAGUUCUGCUGGUUCCCAAGGCAACACCGAGGUCUUUCCAGUAUCCUACCAUACCAACAAGGCGUGCUACGAUCGCAUGAUGUUGGCUCUGAGUCAGAAGCUUCCUAAGAUUCCGAUGCUGACCCUUUGGCCAGGUUCCGUUUCCACUGAGCGGAUGGUGCUGGGGAAGCGGCGUUUCGAAGGUUGGCUUUUGGAUGCCGAAAGUCCCAGCUUCACGGGGAAAGCAGUGCUCUGUUUGGCACGGCUCAGUGUUGAAGCCAGAAUGCGAAUGAGUGGCAGGACAAUGACUUCUGCUGAGGUGCUAUAUUUGGCCGGCGGCUACGAUGUGGAUGGCUACAGACACGAUGUGCCGCGGGAAAGCAUCUUCCCAAUCGCUCUGAGCUUCAGCCAGGGGGUGCAGGCACCUGCCAAGACAAGUGUCAUUGCUUGA